AUGAAUAACAAAAUCCAGACAAAACAGAGAAUUAUUGCAAAUUAUUGCAGACAACGAGCAACGAUGAAUGUUAGCUAUCAACAUUUCGUUCCUGGAGCACCUCCUAGAUACACUCCUGAAUCCCCGUAUACGGUACAAAGUUCUCCAGCACAAGUGGAAGCGGGACCGUUACCACCGAAACAAUCAAUGGAUAGUGUAGCCACAUUAGAAGCGGAAUCGCUGGCGAGUGAUUCCCAUGUCGCCGCCGCCGCCGCCGCCGCCACCGCCACCGGUCCUCCUCCUCCACCUCCUUCCACCGGAGAACAGCCGAUAUCCGAUAAAAACACGUUACCGCCAUCAUUUCUUCGGGUAGAAAAUCCACCAGAAUACACUGAAAUACCGGGUCCUUCGGAAAGUUCACUUCUACCACAAACCGCCACGACACCAACAUCACCGGAUCAUUCUCGCAUGGAAGAUGUACCGUUGAACGAUCCCAGGUCUCCAUCGCGGGUUGAUUUAUUGUCGUAA